GCCGCGGGCGGGCCGUGCUCCGCAUGCGCCUGGCUGGGGCCCGAGCCGUGCUGGUGCUGUGCGGACUAGAGAGGGGCUGCCUGCGGUGGGCGCCCUGCGCGGCGGGGGCCGCCACCACUUCGUCCUCCUCCUCCUCCUCUGCCCCUUCCCCGCCUGCCUGCCGCGCGCUGGCUGGCGGGUCUCGGUGGCGCACCGAGCGGAGGGAGCAGCUUCCUGGCGGCGGCGGCGGCGGCGGCGGCGCGCGUGGAAGGCGGCUCGGGAGGGAGCGCGGGCGGGCGGGCGAGCGAGCGAGCGUCGGUCCGUCCUCCGCGGCGGCGCAAGAUGGGCAGCCGCCUCCUGCCGCUCCUGGCCCUGCUCGGCGCCGCAGGGCUGGAUUCUGCUGAGCAAGAGCCUGCCUCACCCGCUCCAGGCCCAAGCACCACCCUGAUGCUCCAGAGCCUCUUGCCCAGCGGCGCCUGGAGUCCCGGGGCCAACGCUGGAGCUGCUGCGUCCCCCACCGUGCUGCCCCCAGGCACCUUGGUGGCCUCCUGGGGUCGGGAGGCGAGCCCGGGAGAAAUGGCAAGUGGCGCUCCAGCCGGGCAACAAGGCCACGCUCCAGGAGCCGCUGGAGGGAGAACUCCGCUCCCCGUCCAGGAAGCCAGAAGCCCAGAGUAUGCGGAGCCCCGCAGGGCUUCAGGGGCCCGCCUGCCCCCCCGCCCGGCAAGGGCCUCCAUCGCCAGCGAUGCCCACAGGCUUCCUGCCUCCAGUCCUCCAAAGGCUCCGCCCACACCACUUUCUGGCCUGGCCUUUCUUUCGGAGGAGUCCGCUAGCCCCCCUGGCCAGAGGGUCUCUGGGGGCUGGCAGGCCACGAGCCCCCCCACAGCAAGCAGCUGGACCGAGCGGGAGCCUGGGAGGGAGGCCAUGGCGGGGGCUGCUGCAGCUGCAGCGAGUGAACGCCCCCCCCACGUGGCCACGGCUGAGGACGAGGAGGGGCCGGAGGGAACCAGCAGCCGGAGGGCCCUGGAGGGCGAGGCCAGCCCCCCCACCCCGGAGACCCCGGGGGUGCUUGUGGCUUCCACUUGGCGGCCAGUCAGGGGCCCGGCCAAGCCUCCUUCCCGGUGGGCAGGGCUCACCCCCCCUGAGACCGUGGGGCAGGAAGAGGAUGAUGUGGUCACCACUGCCAUGCCGUGGGCACAGCGGCUGCCCCAGGAGCAGAGCACUGGCCGCCCGUGGCUGGCUGGGACGGAGGCACUCCCUCAGCAGGCCGUGGGCAGCCAGGCCUGGGCGGAACCGGAGAGGGUGGCAGGCCUCCUCCUCCGAGAGGCCACGGAGCCGGUGGCAGGACCCUUUCCCUCUGGCACGGCCCUGCCACCCCCCCCAGCGGCCAGCACGGGUUCGAAUUGCCCGGUGGCGAUCACAGAGGAGGGCCUCACGGCGGGCAGCUUUGGUGGGAGCCCAGCAGCCACCUCGGAGCCCAGGACCACGGCAGCAUUAGGGCCCGGCAGCACCAGAGCCCCUCGGGAAGCCCAGCCUCCAGCCGACGGAGCCUCGUCUUCUGCAAAGAGACCCAGCCUGGACCCAGAGACGGCCGGAGGGACACCUGCCUCCUCCUCCUCCUCCGGGGCGGCUCUGCGCCUGGCGGGCUCCCCCCCAGCGAAUGCCCCCUCUGCCCGCAGCCCAGCCCCGGGGCUUCGUUUGCGGACGCUGCCCGUGAGGCCAGGUUGGCUGCCUGCAGGCUCCUCCUCUCAAGGAAGCCAAACCCUGGGCACGGCGCAGCAGCAGCAGCAGCCUACUGUCAGCAGGGCCCCCUUUCGGAGUCCCCCAGGCCCUCUCCCACCUUGGGGCCCAGUGGAGCUCUGGGGCAGCCCCACAGGAGAGAAGCAGGAGUCUGGGGCCGCCCCCGAGAAGCCCUCCCAACCCCCCAGCCCGUGGUCCGUCACGGAGGGCGGCCCUGGGCUGGCCCAUCUCCCACCCUGGCGGGCAGCACGUGUGGGUCCCUCUCCCAGCGCAGCCAGUCCGGCAGAGAGCGUGUGGGUCCCGGCAGAGAGUGCCCCCACUCAUCUCCCCAGCAACCAGGCAGCAGGGGAGGGCCCCCCCACAGAUGCCCCCCCUGGUCGGGCUGGCCAGUCGGCCGCAGGGGAGGGGGGCUUGGGGAGCCCCGCCCCCCCGACGGCAGAGCCCCCCGUGAGCAGGCAGUCCGGAAGGGGCCUUGGCAGCCGCCAGGAUCCCGGCCCGAGAGAGUCCCCAGCAGGCUCGGCGGCUGCUGGGGUCGCCACGGAAGGGGCCGCGUUGAAUCCUGCUCGCUCCGAGGGUCCCGAGUUGCUGCCCACCAGGACGGCUCCUGCCUCCAGCUUGGCCUCUGCAGGAGCUGCCCCCCCCAGGGCCACUGCAGCAGCAGCAGCAGUGCCCGGUUGGCUGCCAGUCACCCAGCCGGUGGGGGCCCCCACGGCCAGGACUUGGGAGCGGCGGUGGGGAAGGCCUCCCCGCCUCCCCACGGAAAGCCCUGCGCGGGGGGCCACCCCUUCCCCACCCAGCCGGGGGCCCCUGGAGACCACGGCCACCUCAGGGCCCCGAGGAAGCAGCUGGCACACCUGGCCGCCCGUGCCAGGCCCCGCAGCAGGAAGCGUCGGCCGGGGUGACCCUCCCGUGGCCAGCACCUGGCUCUUGGCCGCUGUGCCGGAGGAGGCCGCCACCCAGCCCGGGCCCAAGGAGGGCCGCCCCAGGGCCCAGCAAGUCUUUGUGGUGGAGAACCAGCUGCCCCUCCUCAAAGCUGCUUUCCUGCAUAUCCCUUGCGAGCUGGCCCUGGCCCUGGCGUUCCCCAGAAGCUUCCAGGAUCCCCGCUCGCCUGAGUACCAGGGCCUCGUGCUUGGCAUCAACGAGACGGUCGCCCCCCUCUUUGCUUCUCUGCCUGGAUUCCAGCGCCUGGAAGUGAAGAGCAUCCGGCCGGGCAGCAGCGUGGUGGUGGUGGUGGUGGGCUUUGACGCCCUCUUCCUGGCAGAGACGGCGGGCUCCUGGCUGGCUCUGAACCAGUCGUGGCUGUCGGAGCGUCUGCCACCAGGGCGGCGGGUGGCCAACGGGAGGGUGCUGCGCAGCGCCAUCCUGGAGAGGCCCCUGGACCUGUGCGCCCUCCUCUUCUCCUGCCAGGCGGGCUACGAGUGUGUUGCUGGGGAGGGGGCCCCAGCCGUCUGCACCUCCCUGUGCCACCGGGACUACUGCCAGAACCAGGGCAUCUGCACCCACCGGGCCAACCACACCCCCGUCUGCCAGUGCCCUGUGGGCAGCGACUUCUGGUUCCUGGGCGUGCGCUGCGGCUACAAAGUGACCCAGCAGGGCCUGCUGGGGGUGGCGUGCGGCCUGCUGCUGAGCCUGCUGGGGGUUGGGGCGGCCAUCGCCAGCCUGGUGGUCCGCAGGGUCCGGAUGCUGCUGAUGGAGGCCAGGGCAGACCAGACCAAGAGCAGCUACCGGCGCUUCUGUCGGCUGGACGACGUGUCCGCGCAUUACUGGUCUGAGCCGUGGCUGGCGGCAGCCAGCAAUUUGGACAACCCAGCCUUCAGCAACUCGGAGGAGCUGCUCCACCUGCAGAUCUUGGACACCGCCUGCUGCAGCUGCCAGGACUGUGUGGCCACCCAGAGCUGCUGCAAACAGCCGCAGGGCGGCAGCCCCCGCCCGGGUGUGGCCGGCCGGCCCAGCUUGCGCUCCAACUGGGACAUGAGCUCCAACAGUGUGAACGACCCGAUGAUCGACUCCGGGAAGGCCAGCGAGGUCUCCGUCUCCAGCUGGCCCAUGGAGCCCAUCCAGUGGAGCCCCUUCCCUGCUCUCCAGACGCUCUCCAGGCAGCAAGCGCACAAGCCGCAGAGGCCUCACUCCUACUGUGAGGGCAUGGAACUGGUCAACCUGGAGCGAAGCUGGACCGCUUAGGCUCUGCUUUCCCACAGAGACUCAGACACGAGGGCUGUCAAGUGUUUGAAAACCAACCACAUUUUAUUUCCAACAAGCAGCUCAGAGACAGAGCUGCCUACUCUUGAACAGUACAAUCAAGUGGAUCCGCCGCGCAGGGGUCUCGCUGUCAGUUCUACUCAAUGCAAAGUCCUGAGGCUCCACCGUCGGCCGACCUUCUGGGGAGAGCUUUGGUUUGGUGUCAGACAGUGGAACUUCCACAGUAGUAGGGAGAGGCGAGUCUUGGAGGAACACAGUGCUGGCAGCCCCACGGCAAGGAGCCCGGCCAGUUGGCAAAGGGACAGUGGACUGGACAAGCUCAGCUGAAGGAGCACCUCGGAAGGAAGGAAGGAAGGAAGGAGGCCGGCCGGCCGGGAGUAGCUGCAGCAGAGGCACCCAGGGCCAGAGCCUUGCCCCACAUUAAACCUUUCCCCAGACCCUCCUCUGUUUGCAAGCAUCCUUUUGAGAGGGGGGUGGGGGCGGGAGCGGCCUGGGCCAGUCCUCCUGACCUCCCCGUACAACCCACUGUGCGCUUGCUGCUUAGGGAGGGAUGUCACAGACUAAGACGGCUCUGCGCUAAGCAGCCCAAAGUGUCGUGAUUUAUUAAUAUCCAGAGAAACGUCAUAAUUCGAACACAACCCACCUGUACACUUUACAAUCACACUCUAUUUGUAAACAGUUAAAAAGCCACCGGUGACUUUUGCAUCUUCAGACACAACAGUUAGAAUCAAGGCAAUGAAAUGAGCGCAUCUUUCAGCACAGUUAAAAUGUAUUUUUUAUCCUUGUUUAGUCUUUCAUCCUUCAACUAAACAAGCAUCAGGCAAUAAUACUACCAUUUGUGGCAAAAAGGAGAGAGGAAGAUGAUUUAACACUUUCACAAGAAAAGUAUUUGCAAGAACUUUAAACAUUUAAAAUUUUUACAACAAAACUCUGUAAGCCCAAAUACCUUGGUUACAGUCUGCAUAGUUACUUCAGCUUUAAGGUUAAACGUUGGACAUGGGCAUGAGAGCGAGGAGAACAAAGGGGGUGGGGGGGGAGGGGGGCCUUGACAAGUAUGGGGGGGGAAAACUAGCGAUUAAGAGCAAAGCCCCCCCUUUCCCACCCCGCACUAUUAAAAAGACAGCAUCAGAAAGCAGAAUGUCAAACUCCAGCAAUUUGAAGCUAUUUUUGGCAGAAGGAGGUUUUACAGAGCAAGUAGUAAUCAGUGCUAAAAGUUAAAUUUUCCUAUAAGAAAUGACUACAAGGAGUUGUACUGGGGACCUUCGUUUUCCUGAGAGCCAUGCUCUUCCAUUGAGGAGGUGGGAAUAGAAAACACAAACGGAGCAUGGCCAACACUGCUCGUUAUUCCCAGAGAUAGAAAGCAUCUUAUCAUCCGCACUUUUUUUUUUGUUUUUUUAAAAAAUAUUUUUAAGUGAUGGAAGAGUAAACAUUGUUUUUCAAAUAAACAAAGCAACAUUUCUGUAAACAAGGCAGUGCCCCAAUACAGGAGCCCCCCCCAAAUUAAAAAAACCAACCAACCAAAAGCCUAUUGAAAGUGCAGGACCUGGCCCGGGCUAGCAGGCGAGGUUGCAGGUCACAGUUUCAGAAACUGCAGAGCUCCACUCUUUAGUUUAAUUCAUCCCGAGCAAACAGGUGCAACAGUCUUUUCGUUUGGCCUCCUCGGUUCGUCUCAUCACUCGAUUGUUUGCUGCCGCAGGGUGGCUGCACAGCGGCAAACCAUUGCUCCAGGCAGAGCGGGCACACCCUGGCCCAAGGCACCCAGCGGCUGCCCUCCCGGAGACACGACCCGUCCGCUCCUGCCCCGGUCCCUGCCGUGAAUAUUGCCGGGCAGGGAGAAAGGCCGAGUCUGUGCAAAGCUAAACAAGCUCAAACUCCAACAUUAUCAGCAAGUCGCAGAAACAAAAAACAAAAAAGCACCAACACACACACACGCGCACGCGCACACACACACGAUGAAACACACAAAAGCAAGCUGACUCUAUGUAGUUCUUUUGUUUUCUUAAAACUAUGUAUAAGCACUAUCUGGAAGUGUAAAUCUAUAACUUUUUUCACAUUAUAAUAUUGGCCUGCAUGA